AGCUGACAUUUAGCUGAUGACGGUAGUGUUUUUGUAAAUAUUGCAUCGUACACAAAAUUCACGACACGGGCUGGCCAAUUUUACGUCUACAAACACAUUAAUCAGCGCAUUGUUUCACUCAUAAAAAGCCGAAUGUGACGAUAAAGUGUAAUUGUUUUACUUGAGCUGCAUACAUCGUUGCAUCAUUUAUCCGGAAACUUCCGCGUAAAUUGUGACUCGUCUGUCGUAGCUUCAAGAGGUGGUACAGACGGCAGCAAGGUGGCGAAUUUCACCGGAUCGGGUACAGCGGGUGGAAAAAUGCGCCGAACGCAGGGCUACAGCUACCAACCGCUUCCACAGCAAGCUCCAGGUCCCAGCAACGCUAGCCACGAUGCACUCGAGGAGGAAAACGAACGUAUGGCGGAAGAGCUGAAAGGAAAGAUCGGUGCCCUCAAAUCGCUUACGAUCGACAUUGGGAAUGAGGUACGAUACCAGGACCGGCUGUUGCGUGGCAUUGACGAGGAUAUGGACCGGACGGGAGGCUUCAUGUCGAACACGAUAAAUCGGGUCGUCCGGUUGGGUAAGGGCGGCCACCGGAACUAUAUGUGCUACAUGUUUCUCUUUGUCAUGGUUGUGUUCUUCGUACUAUAUCUGAUACUAAAAUUCCGAUAAUAGCGUAUUCCCUUACAUGCGGGUCAAACUGUUCCAAUCCUGUUCCCUCAAUACGAAUGUUUGUUAUAUUAAACUAACUAUGAAUACAUUUAUUCUUUACGAAAAAAGGAAAAAAGAAAGCCCGGACGCGUGUUGUAUUUUUAAAGCUCGAAAUAUCCUUUAGAAAAAAAAUAUCAAAAAUGUUUUCAACAUAAGUAACAGAUCCUGAAGCUAAUGAAGAAUUAUUGUGAGUGGUUCGAAUGUAUCAUUACUCGAAUUACUACGUCCCAUGCUCGAUUAAGUAUCUACAUAAUUUAUUUUCAAACAUUGCGCUAUGCCCCAACCAGGCGAUAGUUUUGCUUACAACUUAAACAACUUAACUAACAUCCCUUACUGGUUUUGUAACUGUUCUAUUUUACACCGCACAUUUCAUCCUGUACAGGAGCGCAAGUAUCUGAAAGCAAGCUGCACACAAUCACGAAUUUACCGCCAAUGGACACACAUUGGCUGGUCCGUGGAAAAACGCUACACUAUUUUUACAACAGCUGUGUUUCCCGUAACGAUCGAGAACACUUUAGCACACACAAAAAUUAUGUACAAUGAAACUAUCUCGAAAUAGAAUCUCAAGUUUCGUUAUUAAAAUGUACUAUACAUAGUAACUAAUGUACAAGCUAUAUGACACAA